AUGGGCCAUUCAAGUGUGUUGCUUGCCCUGGGGGCCCUCUGGGGGGGGGCCCUUAUAGGGCCUCCUUCUGUAGCUGCUGCUGCAGCACAUGCAGGUGUCUCCUCAUCUCGCUCAAUGGAAUGCUUCGAAUACGGCUAUGACUACUAUGGGUACGACAUGCAAGAAGUACCGAGUGUUGUUUCUCCUAGCGCAUGCAUGGAGGAGUGCCUACAAAAUAAAGGCUGUGGCUUCUGGAGUUAUAAUACCUUUACUCGUACUUGUUAUUUAAAGUCAUUAGGGGCUAUAUUAGAAAGGAGAUCGUCUCCUGGGAUCGUCUCCGGUCCCCGUCAAUGCGGUUUUUCUUCUUCUUGUCUAGAGGUGGGGGUAGACCUCUAUGGCUAUGAUAUAGAAGCGAUUGAAGGCCGAUAUAUUAUGAACCCUCUAGACUGUCAGCGUCUUUGUGAAGGCAACCCUCAGUGCGCUUUCUUUAGCUGGAAGUAUUCAACGCAUGCAUGCUACCUAAAGAGCGCUCCAGCAAUCUUAAAUCGUAGAGAAGACCCAGAUGUUACUUCAGGGCCUCGUUCUUGUGUGGGGUCUGGGGUGUCUCCUCCCUCCGCUAAUGAUUAUCCUGCACCCUUCGAUCCCUCAACAGCUCCUCCUUCUUGCGUCCUUGCAGGGGUAGAUUAUAGAGGCAACAACAUUAAGACAGCAAAAGCAAGGUCUUCUGCUGCCUGUCAAAUGCUCUGUCUUAAGCAAAGAGAUUGCGAGUAUUGGACGUGGAGCUCUCAUACACAUAUUUGCUCUUUAAAGAAUGCAGAGGCCCCUAAUGGCCGUACAGAGGGUCGGCAUACACUCGAUAAG